AAAUUUAUGGGAUGAAAGGCAAAAUUAAUAAUGUCGAUGUAGAUGGAAUCAACAAAAAUUCAGAGACCAUAAGCAAACGAUUUUCCUUACGACAGUUGAAAUUGAUUUUAAAGAAGAGACCAAGAUUAUUUCGCUUAAAUUUUUCGACACCAACUCACAACAAUCUAACAGUUUCCGAAGAAUAUCCACACCUCUCCAACGAGAAUCUUGACGUUGCAACAACAAGAAAUCAACCUAUUUUAAACCGGAGGUUUCGAAAUCGACUUUGGUCAAAAUGGGGCUAG